AUGUCGGGUUAUGCAAAGUUCAUAAAGGACUUGGUGACCAAGAAAAGAUCAAUUAACAGUGAGAUGAUCAAGAUGACAUAUCAAGUGAGUGCUAUUGUGCACUCAAUGGCUCCGAAAUUGAAAGAUCCUUAUGCUUUCACAAUCUGUUGCACUAUUGGGAGUGCUGACUUUUCCAAAGCUUUAUGUGUUCUUGGGGCAAUGGACUAUAAGGUGCCUAUCAUUUUGGGUAGAACUUUCCUUGCUACGGGGAAGGCUCUUGUCGAUAUGGAAGCCGAUGAGCUCACUUUCUGGGUGGGUGACGAAAAUGUGGUCUUUUAUGUGUGA